AUGAGUAAAAGACAAACAAAAAAUUCACCACCAUUAGUUGGUAAUAGUAGUCCAACAUCACAAUCAUCACAAUCACCAGAGAUCAGUAAAAAAAAAUUAAAAAAGAUAGAACAAAAAGCAAAUAGACCAAAGAUUUUAGUUGAGAGACCAUUAAGUAAUUUAAAAUUUGGAGGAUUAGUUGUGUUUUUUAUAUGUUUAGUUAUAUUUUAUAUAUACCUUAGAAUCAAUCCAUUAUAUGAUAGCGGAAAUAAUAGUAAUAAUUUAAAUAACAAUAAUGAUAAUAAUAAUACAAAUAUAAAUAUAAUUGAUGAUAUAAAAUCAAUGAAAAAGAUUGAAAAUGGAUUAAAAGAUAUAGCAAAAUAUAAAGAAUGGAACGAAGAAUGUAAGAAUAAAACAAUAGCAGUUGGAUAUAAUACAAAUUUAGAUUUAGUGGUUGAUGCAAUAGAAUUAAUGGAUAAAUUGAAAUUGAAAUCAUCCAUUCAUAAUAGACCAAUGUCAAAAGAGGUCAUUAAAUCAUUGGAUGAUUUUGAACAAACCUUUUCACAUUAUUUUAAGAGUGGUUCAGCAGCUGAACGUAUGAUUGAAAAUGAAGAUACCUUUUCUGCGAUUUUGGCAGCAGCAUUGCAAUCUGAAUCAAAGCAAUUCUACACCGGUGGCAAUGCAGGUAUAAUGGCAAAUAGAUUGGUGGCAGAUGGUUGUAGGGUUUAUUUGGGCGGUAUCAUUGGCAAGAAAUUGAAGGAACUCUUGUCGCCAUCAGUGUCAAUCAUUGGUUAUCAGUCAGAGAAUGGCGAAGAGUUUGAUGAGAUUCAUCUAAUUAUGGAAUACAAUAAACAGAGUAGAUGGGGUUCAAUCUCACCACCACGUUCCAAUAGAUUCAUCAUAUCAAGAGAUAACACAAACUCACAUCUAAUGACAAUGGAAUCAUUCCAUCAAGAGAUUGAAAAGAAACAACCAGAUUUAUUACUCUUAUCAGGUUUACAUUUAUUAACCGAAGAGGCUCAAGAAAGACGUGUAAAUGAUAUGGUCAACCUAUUGAAACAAAUCCCAUACAAUAAUAAUCCUUCAAACUUUUUAAAUCAUCCAUCGUUGAAUGUACCAAUUCAUUUGGAAUUGGCGUCAAUCGCUUCACCUUCCUAUAUUAAUUUAUUGGCUAAAAAGAUCAUACCAUUCGUUGACUCUGUCGGAUUGAACGAACAGGAAUUAGGCUUUAUCUAUGUUUCAACAGGUGGUAAGAAAUUCAGUUUGGACGAUUUUAAAGAACCUUCUGUUAAUGUGGUUGUAAAUGCGUUACUUCAUAUUAUGGAAAUUUCAUUUCAUUAUGCCACCACCACCACCACCUCCACCACUGCCGAUAGAAAUGUCGAUGAUAAUAUUUUGGGUGAUUUUGGUAUACCAACAAUGUCAAAACAACGUUUAUUAACUAGAAUUCAUUUCCACUAUUUAUCAUUUCAUUUGAUUAUCACUAAAUCCUAUUCGCAAUGGUCUCCAAAAUUAACUUCAGCUUCAGUAGCCGCCUCUUCAAUCGAAGCCACCUUUCAAGCUUGUCGUUUCAAUUCUGUUGAAUUAUUAUUACCAUUAUCAGUGGAAGUAGAUUAUCGUUAUACUCCAGGUGCUACAAAAUCAAUCAUUAUCGAUCCAUCUUCACCAGUUACAACUUGGCAAGAUUCUGGUUAUGAAUUCCAUUUAGCCCCAGUUUUAGUUUGUAAAUCUCCUUUAAAAACUGUUGGUUUAGGUGACUCAAUCUCAACAAUGGGCUUUUUAUAUCAAACAAUUAAAUCAAAUGAAAAUUAA